AUGAAAGCAAUUGUUUUGGCCACAAUUUUGCUCAUUCAAGUGGUUUUGUUUGGUCAACUUGCCCAUGGUCAGCAACCAGUUGAGGUUCCUUCCAAACCAAUAGUAAAUAAUAACAACAAUGGAGGUAGUAGCAGUACCGUUUCCUACAGUUCUAGCACCACAACAGUAGUGGUUGAAUCCAAAUCUUCAUACUCAUCACUGAAUGGUGUAUCCACUCCAUCCAAGGACAAACCACUUGGCAUUGAUAUUGAGGUUGGAGGAACCAAAUAUCAAACCUUUGCAGAUGCUCUUGGAAGACCAUUCUACGUUGCUCAGAAUGGUAAUAUCAAGUAUUUUGAUUCAAGCAAUCCAUCGAGUCCAAAUUUUCCAACCUCACUCCAAUCCAAAGCUCUAACAGAUAAUAAGAAUCGUCGUUAUUUUGUCGACUCGCAAGGAAAUGCAUUCUAUAUGGAUGCAAAAACUGGACUCCCUUUCUACAUUGACAAUAACAAUAAGGAAUACUUUGUAGAUAGUUAUGAUAGAAUCUUCUUUAGAGAUUCACUUGGUAGAUACUAUUACAUUGAUGGCAAAACAGGAAGACAAAUCUUCUUUCUUCCUCCAUCCAAAGUUAAGGAAAUACCUGGCUUGAAUUUGGCAGACAUUCCAAGUCCUGGUACAACCCAAGCCACUCCAACAACUUCAACCCCUACAACUGGAACUAAACCACCAAUAGUCGUUGUGGUCAGACCAGUACCUUCUCCUAUUGUUGGAAUUCCAAUUCCUGUGCCUGUUCCUUCAAAAAGACCACAUCCUCCAAAACCUGUAGCCAGCUCCACAAUCAAACCAACUACUUCUUCAGGAAAUACAGGAAAUACAGGAAGCACAGGAAGUACCACUGGUACUGGUUCUACUACCACUUCUGGUAAUUCCAAUAACAAUAACAAUGGACAAACAUCUUCCAUCUAUGUGAAUACACCAUCAGGCAGUGCCCAAAUUGUUAAUCCAAAUGGUUUGGCAGGUGGUCCUUUUGUUGAUUCACAAGGUAGAGUCUACUACAAGGAUCAGAACGGAAUGGCCACAUACCAAAACUCAGAAACAGGUGAAUCCUACUACAUUGAUCCAGUGAGUGGUCAAUGUUUCAUGCUCAAUCAAUUGGGAGAACACAUUGCCUGCCCAUCCAAUCUUCAAACUGUGGCAAUAGGCAAUUCGGCAACAGCAGCAAACUCUGCCAGCACCUCACGAAAGAAGACUUACUAUUACAAUGAUGGAAGGAUUUACAUGGUCAAUGAGGAUGGUAGCUUGGUAGAGACGAAUACUCCACUCGCACAGAGCAAUCAAAUUGUUCAAUCGUCAUCAUCUUCGGGUGAUGAGCCAUCAAAGGCUGCUCCUCUGAAGGGAUACACGGUAAUUGAUGGCAAGAUGUAUUGGAUUGAUGAGAAUACUGGGGGUACUUUGCCAUUCAGUCAGUCUCCUACAAAUAAUAGAAGUUAA